UUUCUUUUCACGAUGUACUCAUCGAAACAUCCAGCAAAUGAAAUCCAGCUGUCAUCAACUGAUACGACCUUGGUGAUUGAUCUUUUAAUGCAUCGAAAUAUUUGAAUGAAUACAUUGAUAUCGAAUUCGCUAUAUAAUUAUAUAUCAGUCGAAAAGGCAGUAAAAGUUUUCAACAAAAUUGUUGCUAAUAUUUAACACACUUUAGCGCAUAGAUCUUGAUAGAUUAUUAAAAACUGUGCAGUAUGUGUAAUAAAUUUAAAAAUGUUACGCAUUGCUUAUUUGAUAUGGAUGGUUUAUUACUAGAUACGGAAAAAUUGUAUUCGCAAGCCACUCAGGAAAUUCUGGAUCUGUAUGGUAAAACUUACACUUGGGACGUUAAAGUAAGUGUUAUGGGGUUGCAGACCCAGCAAGUUGCUGAAGCUAUAGUUGCUGCUUAUAAAUUACCUAUAAGCUGGGAAGAAUAUGCACAAAGGCAACGCGAGCGAACAGAAUUUUUAAUGACAGAAGCUGAAUUAAUGCCAGGUGCUGAGCGAUUGCUGAGGCAUCUCCAUGCUAAUAAGAUCCCCAUAGCACUGGCUACUAGUUCUGGUGAGCAUAUGGUUGAAAUAAAAGUUACUCAUCAUCGCGACGUGUUUGAACUCUUUCAUCAUCGUGUUUGCGGGUCUACUGACCCAGAAGUUAAAGCAGGCAAACCUUCACCUGACAUAUUUCUUAUAGCUGCUUCUCGGUUCUUGGACAAACCUGACCCAUCAAACUGUCUUGUGUUUGAAGACGCCCCAAAUGGCGUACAGGCAGCCUUAAGCGCAGGGAUGCAAGUUGUGAUGGUACCAGAUAAACUAGUAACGGAAGAGAUGCGCAAGGGUGCAACUCAAGUGUUAAAGUCUUUAGAUGAUUUUCGUCCCGAAGAUUUUGGCUUGCCACCUUUUCCAACAAUUGGUUAAUUAAUAAGUUAAAGCCAUAAACUUAUAUUUAUAUUUAAUAGAAGAGCUUAAUAAAACUCAAAUUUA